GUUCGUGGUUACGUUGAAGCAGUUUUAAAUAGUUUAGCUGCAAAUGUCCCCAAGGCUGUUGUACUUUGUCAAGUUGAGAAGGCCAAGGAAGACAUGCUAAACCAAUUAUAUAGCUCGAUCAGUGGCCAAAGCUCAGCCAGGAUUGAGGAGCUUCUUCUGGAGGACCCAAACGUAAAACGGAGGAGAGAACGUUAUCAAAAACAAUCCUCUCUCCUUUCGAAACUUACGCGCCAGCUCAGCAUCCACGAUAAUAGUGCAGCUGCUGCUGGUUGGUCCGACAAUGAUGCAGCAGAAAGUAGUCCCCGAACUAGCGGAACGCCUGGAGAUGACUGGAAAUCUGCAUUUGAUGCAGCUGCUAAUGGUCGGGUCGACUCCAGAAGAUCUUCUUCCAAUGGUCGCAGUAGGUAUUCUAACGAUCCCACACAAAAUGGUGACAUAUACUCAGGUUCAAACUCGAGCAGUCGUCGUACUCCAAACCGUCUGCCACCAGCACCUCCACAGUCAUCUUCUGGUUCCAAAUACUUCUAGCAUCACAACAGACCUUGAUGAUUCAUAUUCUCAGCAACAUUGGGUCAUAUUUAGUGAUCUCCUCAAGUUCAUAUUCCUACUAGAAACUUCAAAGUGGAGAGAGAGGUUUGUGUAUAUAUACAACAUUUCUCAGUCUCAGGUUAUACUCUGCUUUCUUCAUAAAUACAAGACUAGAUUCAAGUUUUUGUUCUACCAUUCAUUUUUGGACAAGAAAAAUGUAUUUGAAUGCAUUAGUUAUGCUUUUGUUUGUACUAUCAUAUCCAUUUCUAAUGGGUUAUAAUAUAAUAUUCAGUUAUUUCUUAGUGUAAAGUGAAUCUUGAAUAGAAUUUGUGAUGGUGGAUUUGGAAAGAGCUGGUUAGAAAGA